GGGACUGUCCACUGGUCGCCGCGGAGAGGCGUGCGAGGAGGCCGAGUCUAGUCCCGAAGACCCUGCUGCCCCGGCCCGGCCGCCAGCCACGGGCUGGUCUCUAGCAGCUGCAGCUGCGCGGCGACCCCCAUCCCUCCGUCUCCGCUGCCCACCCCACCGCCCGCAGUCUUCCUCCUCUUGCUGCGCGCCCGGCCCGGCCUGGCCGUGGCCCUCCUCGGUGCCGGCCGCCAUGGCAGAGGCGUCCGGCGCGGGGGAAAUCUAGCCCGGGGAUUUCAUGCGGCCUAGCUUGGUUCCGCCUCCUGCCCCCGCGGCCCCGGCGGCUGCCUGCACCCCAGCCCUACUCCGGGCCUCCGUGUGUCUCCUGUGAUCGUACUGACACGGCCGGGGGGUUAGAAUGGAACAAAGUGAAGGCCCGAUGAGAGAAAGGGAAAGUUAAGGAUGCUGGAGCAGAACAAUGGAUUUCUCUUUCUCUUUCAUGCAAGGGAUCAUGGGAAACACAAUUCAGCAACCACCUCAACUCAUUGACUCCGCCAACAUCCGUCAGGAGGAUGCCUUUGAUAACAACAGUGACAUUGUUGAAGAUGGUGGCCAGACACCAUACGAAGCUACCUUGCAGCAAGGCUUUCAGUACCCACCUACAACAGAAGAUCUUCCUCCACUCACGAAUGGCUACCCAUCAUCAAUCAGCAUGUACGAAACUCAAACUAAAUAUCAGUCCUAUAAUCAGUAUCCCAAUGGGUCGGCCAAUGGCUUUGGUGCAGUUAGAAACUUUAGCCCCACUGACUAUUACCAUUCAGAAAUUCCAAACACAAGACCACAUGAAAUUCUGGAAAAACCUUCUCCUCCACAGCCACCACCUCCUCCUUCAGUACCACAGACUGUGAUUCCAAAGAAGACUGGCUCACCUGAAAUUAAACUAAAAAUAACCAAAACUAUCCAGAAUGGCAGGGAAUUGUUUGAGUCUUCCCUUUGUGGAGACCUUUUAAAUGAAGUACAGGCAAGUGAGCACACAAAGUCAAAGCAUGAAAGCAGAAAAGAAAAGAGGAAAAAAAGCAACAAGCAUGAUUCAUCUAGAUCUGAAGAGCGCAAGUCACACAAAAUCCCCAAAUUAGAACCAGAGGAACAAAAUAGACCAAAUGAGAGGGUUGACACUGUAUCAGAAAAACCAAGAGAAGAUCCAGUACUGAAAGAGGAGCUCCCGGUUCAGCCGAUGUUACCUUCUGUUCCAACGACAGAAGUGUCCACUGGUGUUAAGUUCCAGGUUGGCGAUCUUGUUUGGUCUAAGGUGGGAACCUACCCUUGGUGGCCUUGUAUGGUUUCAAGUGAUCCCCAGCUUGAGGUUCACACCAAAAUUAACACAAGAGGUGCCCGGGAAUAUCAUGUCCAGUUUUUUAGCAACCAGCCAGAGAGGGCGUGGGUUCACGAAAAGCGGGUCCGAGAGUACAAAGGUCACAAACAGUAUGAGGAACUACUGGCCGAGGCGACCAGACAAGCCAGCAAUCACUCUGAGAAACAGAAGAUUCGGAAACCCCGGCCUCAGAGAGAACGUGCUCAGUGGGACAUCGGCAUUGCCCACGCAGAGAAAGCAUUGAAAAUGAGCCGGGAGGAAAGAAUCGAACAGUAUACUUUUAUCUACGUUGAUAAACAGCCUGAGGAGGCUUUAUCCCAAGCAAAAAAGAAUGUUGCCUCCAAAGCCGAAGUUAAAAAAACCCGAAGGCCAAGAUCAGUGCUGAAUACUCAGCCAGAACAGACCAGUGCAGGCGAGACGGCCUCCUCACUAUCAGGUACUGAAAUUCGGAGACACAGCCAGAGGCGGCACACGAGCGUGGAAGAGGACGAACCACCUCCCGUUAAAGUAGCCUGGAAAACGGCAGCUGCGAGGAAAUCCUUACCAGCUUCCAUCACAAUGCACAAGGGGAGCCUGGAUUUGCAGAAGUGUAACAUGUCUCCAGUUGUGAAAAUUGAACAAGUGUUUGCUCUUCAGAAUGCUACAGGAGAUGGGAAAUUUAUCGAUCAGUUUGUUUAUUCAACGAAGGGAAUUGGUAACAAAACAGAAAUAAGUGUCAGGGGACAAGACAGACUUAUAAUUUCUACACCAAACCAGAGGAAUGAAAAGGCAACUCAGAAUAUGUCAUCUCCUGAAACAACAUCUGGUCCUGCAGGCUCAGUAGAAAAGAAGCAACAGAGAAGAUCCAUUAGAACCCGUUCCGAAUCAGAGAAAUCCACUGAGGUCGUGCCAAAGAAGAAGAUCAAAAAGGAGCAGGUUGAAACAGUUCCUCAGGCUACAGUGAAGACUGGAUUACAAAAAGGUGCCAGCGAGAUUUCAGAUUCCUGUAAACCUCUAAAGAAAAGGAGCCGCGCCUCAACUGAUGUAGAAAUGGCUAGUUCCACGUACAGAGACACGUCUGACUCCGAUUCCAGAGGACUGAGUGACCUGCAGGUAGGCUUUGGAAAGCAAGUCGAUAGCCCUUCAGCUACUGCAGAUGCAGAUGUUUCUGACGUGCAGUCCGUGGAUUCAAGUUUGUCAAGAAGAGGCACUGCAAUGAGUAGAAAGGACACUGUAUGUCAGAUCUGUGAAAGCUCUGGGGAUUCUCUGAUUCCUUGUGAGGGAGAGUGCUGCAAACACUUUCACCUGGAGUGCCUGGGAUUGACAUCAUACCCUGAUGGAAAGUUCAUCUGCGUCGAAUGUAAAACUGGAGAGCACCCGUGUUUUUCAUGUAAAGUGUCUGGUACAGACGUGAAGCGUUGCUCUGUUGGUGCUUGUGGGAAAUUUUACCAUGAAGCCUGUGUCCGCAAGUUCCCCACUGCCAUCUUUGAAUCAAAAGGAUUCCGCUGUCCCCAGCACUGCUGCUCUGCCUGCUGUAUGGAGAAAGAUAUCCACAAAGCAAGUAAAGGUCGCAUGAUGAGAUGUUUGAGGUGCCCAGUAGCCUACCACUCUGGAGAUGCUUGCAUUGCUGCCGGCAGCAUAUUUGUGUCUUCCUACGUUCUCAUCUGUAGUAAUCAUUCCAAACGGAGCAGUAACUCUUCCUCUGCUGUAAAUGUAGGCUUUUGUUUCGUUUGUGCAAGAGGGCUGAUAGUGCAGGACCAUUCAGACCCCAUGUUCAGUUCCUAUGCCUAUAAGUCCCACUACCUACUGAACGAAUCAAAUCGUGCAGAGUUGAUGAAAUUACCUAUGAUUCCUUCUUCGUCAGCUUCCAAAAAGAAAUGUGAGAAAGGUGGAAGAUUGCUCUGCUGUGAGUCGUGCCCGGCUUCCUUCCACCCGGAGUGCCUGAGCAUAGAGAUGCCAGAAGGCUGCUGGAACUGCAAUGACUGUAAAGCUGGCAAGAAACUACAUUACAAGCAGAUUGUUUGGGUCAAAUUGGGAAAUUACAGAUGGUGGCCAGCGGAGAUCUGCAACCCCCGGUCCGUGCCGCUCAACAUCCAGGGCCUCAAGCACGACCUGGGGGACUUCCCCGUGUUCUUCUUUGGUUCCCACGACUACUACUGGGUUCACCGGGGCAGAGUGUUCCCUUACGUCGAAGGAGACAAAAGCUUUGCCGAGGGACAGACUAGUAUUAACAAGACCUUCAAAAAAGCGUUGGAAGAAGCUGCAAAACGUUUCCAGGAAUUGAAAGCGCAAAGAGAAAGUAAAGAAGCACUAGAGAUUGAAAAAAACUCAAGAAAACCCCCGCCUUACAAACACAUCAAAGCUAACAAAGUAAUAGGAAAGGUACAGAUCCAGGUUGCAGACCUGUCAGAGAUUCCCCGCUGUAACUGCAAGCCGGCCGACGAGAACCCGUGUGGCUUGGAGUCCGAGUGCCUGAACAGAAUGCUGCAGUACGAGUGUCACCCGCAGGUGUGCCCGGCAGGGGAGCGCUGCCAGAACCAGUGCUUCACCAAGAGGCUCUACCCGGAUGCAGAAAUCAUCAAGACGGAGCGGAGAGGCUGGGGCCUCAGGACCAAAAGGAGCAUUAAGAAGGGUGAAUUUGUAAAUGAAUAUGUUGGCGAAUUAAUUGAUGAGGAAGAAUGCAGAUUGCGAAUCAAGCGAGCCCACGAGAACAGUGUAACUAAUUUUUAUAUGUUAACUGUUACCAAGGACCGUAUCAUUGACGCUGGCCCGAAGGGAAAUUAUUCUCGCUUUAUGAACCACAGUUGUAAUCCAAACUGUGAAACACAAAAGUGGACGGUGAAUGGAGAUGUUCGAGUUGGCCUUUUUGCUCUUUGUGACAUUCCUGCAGGGAUGGAGCUAACAUUUAAUUACAACCUGGACUGUCUGGGCAAUGGCAGGACGGAGUGCCACUGCGGGGCGGAUAACUGCAGUGGUUUCCUCGGCGUGCGGCCAAAGUCGGCAUGUGCGUCCACAACUGAAGAAAAGGCAAAAAACGCUAAGCUGAAGCAGAAGAGACGAAAAAUUAAAACAGAGCCGAAGCAGCUGCAUGAAGAUCACUGCUUCCAGUGCGGGGACGGCGGCGAGCUGGUCAUGUGCGACAGGAAGGAUUGCCCCAAGGCCUACCACCUGCUCUGCCUCAACCUGCCCCAGCCGCCCUACGGAAAGUGGGAGUGCCCAUGGCAUCAGUGCGAUGAGUGCGGCGCCGCAGCUGUGUCCUUCUGUGAGUUCUGUCCACGGUCGUUUUGCAAAGAUCAUGAAAAGGGGGCUCUGGUGCCCUCCGCCCUGGAAGGCCGUCUCUGCUGCUCUGAACAUGACCCUGUAUCUCCCGUGUCACCCGAAUACUGGAGCAAGAUCAAAUGUAAAUUGGAAUCACAAGAUCACGGAGAAGAAGUCAAAGAAUAAAUGGGCAGUGAUUUCCUUCUUUUUUUAUUUAAACGAAGAAAGGAAAGGGAAAAAGUAGAGAAUGCGUUAGUACAAGAAGAGACCACUGCAGUGCAUACAGCCCUGGCCGUCAGCGCUGCCUUAUUAAAGUGAAGAUGGGGAACCAGGCCGUGCAGGCAGAAGCCGCUGGUGGGAUCUGGUUUUUCAGUUUCGUUCGGUCAGUUUGGGGAUUCUUUUGUGGAGGGUUAGAUUCCCUUGGUCUUUUCUUGCCUUUAUUGUGCUUCGAUGCCUUUGCAGCUGGCAAAAGAGAUGUCUUCGCUUUUAAAAUAAGAACAAAGAGAAAAGAAAGUUUGUUAAUGAGUUAAAUUUAAAGUCUAGGAUGUGUUCCUUGGGUGUAAAAAUCAAAAGUAGCCAUCAUUCCUUUAUUUAUUUUCAUUUUUUAAAAUUUUGAGAAGUGUAGUUCAGAUAGUCUAAUCUGUGUGUGUGUGUGUGUGUGUGUGUGUGUGUGUGUGUGUGUGCGUGUGUGUGCGCGCGCGCGCGCGUGUGUGUUUUAAGUAGGAAUUGCAGAAAGCCCUCUAGAAAAGGGUAUGGUGGUCUUACGUACCUCUUUCCUGAGCAGUAGGGAGGCUGGCUUCGCUUUCCCUUCCAGACGCCUCUCGUAGUCUUAGAGAAGGGCUCUGUGGGAGUAUUGAAUCUGGCCUCUUGAAAUCAAAAGGCCUCAGUGACUAUUACCUCUGUGGUCUUAAACUAGGUGGGCUUUCUGAUAUAACUUUACCUAGAAAGGUAUAUAAUGUGGUUGUUGGUUUUUUGUUCUGGAGAAAAAAAGAAAUCGAUGCCCUCACUGAGUUUGAAACGUUCUCCACUGAUAAUGGGUGUUUUUGAUGAAGUGUGUCUCUGUGGAUAUGAAUACAGAGUUAGAAUGGUCUUUCCUGUUGUCUUGACACACUGGUAAAGGCAGCUAAAGGGAGUUGAAAGGCACAGACCAAAAGUUGGGUCAAAUAAGCACCAUUUUCUAUCCAAUUUAAUGUACACCCUGGUCUGACUUGGAGAGAAUUGUGGGCAUUUUAAUUUUCUGUCUCUGCUUUCCUCUCCCAAGCAAACAUUCCCUUUGUGAGCUGACCACUCAGUCACGUGUCCUGGUGAAAAGUACACAAAUGAAUUUGAACUGUAUUUGAAUAGAUCUUUUUGCUCAGUUCCUAAGUUGGGGGUGAAAGUGGUAGGGGACAUCCCCAAGUUACAUGUAAACAGUUACCCAGUACUUAAACUCACCCCCACUGAGGAAGGGGAAGCACUUGUCCUUCUACAGGGUAAAUGAGAGCCACCAAACACACUUCAUGGCAGGAAGCACUUAGGGAGAGCUCCACAGAAAGCAGUGAUAGCUAGAAUGGUUGGAGCUCAUAGAUGCAAGUGAACCGGAAUAUCUGCCCACAGAACUCACUUGCUUUUAAUGCUUAGGAAUAUGUAUAUUCCAGGAUUCCCUGUAUGAAUUAAUUAGUCCUGUCAGACAUUGUUGUAACACUGUACUAAGUAGAAGCCUAGGUUUAGCUUGAAUGAACGUCAACUGCUCUGUGAAUUUUGACUGCUAACAAUUGCCGGUACCUGGUAGCAUUUAUUUUCCCUCAAGAAGUACCCAGUGACCUUAUAAAGGCAGGGAAGAUAGAUGCUCCACAACACUCCUUCAGUUGUGCUGUGUGUUACUUUUUCUUAUCAAUUUAGAACUCUUCUCUGGAAAAAAGAAGAAAAAAUCUGUUUUGUGCUUCUUUUUUUUUUCUUUGUAUGUAAAUGUGCAAUUAUACUGGAUUUUUUUCUUGUUAAAAAAAAAAAAAAAAAAAAGAAAACAAACAAAAAACACUACAAUUCCUUUACUUAAGCUCCUAAACUGCCAUUUGCCUGAUUCCAGCAAAUAAUUCUGAGGUAACUUAUUGGGCCUCCAGUAAUUCUGUUGAUUAGAUAUGGUCCCAAAAGAGCGAGCAAGAUAGAAAAUGCUAUAUGUAUUACCGACCAAAUGCGACUGCUACACGUCACAUGAAUUACAGCUCACCAAAACACUACAGUUUGCUCUUGAGCAAUUAUAUCGUUUGAUGUCCUUUUAAAAAAUAAUUUAAGAAAAUCUAGGUUUUAUCAUACUAAAACUUUAUUUUAUAUAUGUAUAUGAUAAAUGUUUGCUUUUUUAAACUUACUAACAUGAAGGAUUUCCUUUAAUAUCCGAAAUGCACCUCGUGUUGAAACGGUAUCCAACAUGGAAUCUUAUCUCCUUGCUUUGUUUUGGACUUAGUGCUAUUUAAUAUCUGGUAACUUUUAUAUGGUUAGCCAGGGUAUAUCCUGUAUACUACAAAUACCUUAGGUUUAAGUAUUUUUAUGCAGCUUCUUCGUCGUGUCACAUUUUGUUUGUGUACCUGUAGCAGAGCUCCGCUGAGGUUUUUUAAUUUGGGGGGGUGGGGGGUUGGCUAAUCGCGUGGUUCUGCCAUUUCAGAAAUCAGGGCGGAAAACACCAUCGCCGACCGCACCCACGGGGUCUUUGUCCACGAGUGUCCUUUAACGGUCCGGAGCGUGGUUUCAGUCCUGGCAGUGCCAGGGAGCUAUCCCCACACCUCGUACUGUCGCCUAGUUUGUAUAUUUUAAAGGUGCAGGCUAUAGAAGCAGAAAAAGAAUAAGUUGUGCUUUAUACGUGCAUAGUAUCCAUGCAGGGUGCUUGUCUGUGCUUCACCAGUGAAAUUUUGCAGAAGACAUGUUGCUCACUGAUAGCUGGAAGUUGUUAUUUGUUAACUUUUAAAUCUGUCUGUGGUCAGAGCAUAAAUGGUUGGUUUUUAGUUCUUGUCUGAAAAUGAAAUAACUUAAAGCAGCGUGGGAUAAUGGUGGCAUUUUUUUUUUAACCUUAUGUUGGUUCUUUGGUGGAAGAAUCGAACGUCAGGUUUUUGAUAAUCAGCAUAAAUCUUCAGAAGUCGCAUCUGUAAGAGCUAGAGGUGAAAUCCUGGAGGCCUUCCAGGCCCUGCGCGGGAGGGGGUGUGAGGGGUCGGGAGCUGCCUGUCCUGUCACUGGCUGGGAAGGGAGGGGUGGAUGUCCCUGCAUUCCUGGCAGGCGGAAGCAGCUGGAGGAGGUGAGUCACUUCUUGAAUAUCUAAUCAGGGCUGGAGUUAGGAGUGAGGUGGGUUUUAUUUUCAUUUUUCUUUUAACAAGUUCCCACCCUAUCCUAAUUCUCAGAAAUGCUCUGGCCUGAGCUAUAAAAUAGGCUGACUUUUAGAAUCAUUGAAACUUGGAGAUUUCUGUGUGUUCAAAUCAGGAAUACGUCUAAAAACUUAAGGGAAAAAAAAAAAAAAAGGCAGGAGGAAGGCUGCUCCCAGCUCCCAGCUGCCAUUUCCCCAGAGUAUUUGGAGGCACGCCUGUGCAUAAACGCUGGGAAACUCACAACAUCGAGAUGCUCGAGGAAAGGACCCAGACAGGGCGGCUGUUGGACACCUUUCUUUCCUGACUCAGGAAGUAGAGCUUCCCUUCUGAGUAGCUCGCUGCAUGGUGUGUUCCGGUCAGGGUCCCACGCAGAUCUGCAGUUUGGAAACAGAUGGGCCAGCUGUGUGGAGCGCAGUCUCUGGACUCCCGGGGGUUUGUUGCUCGUCUCUCAUCUCAUUUUAAAACAGAAAGCUCUUCUUUAGCAUUCACCUUAAAGUCAAGGUACCGCCGCAUGCCGUGUCCCACUAGGAUAAGAGAACAAGUUACCGUGGCGUCUUGACAGCUUGGGAAGCUCACACUUGAUGUCCUUCUACAUUGGCAAGUUGCUUGUGCUGGGCAGUGCACGUUAGACUUGAAUUACUUCUUAAAAGGCUGAUGUGUCCAGCCCCCUCAUUGUCCGAGCUGCUGCAGACAUGAAGUGAUCGUUUGGAACAACUUCCUUAGGCCUCGGGCCACCUAGAAUUGGUCUCUGGUUAUUUGUAAACAAACAGUAGAACUUGCUUCCCUUUCCAGAUAGGCUCGGGAAUAGAUACAAUUAGACAGCUUUGCCCUAUAUUGACAAAUACGAAGAGUUGGGAAUUUGUAUAUACUGAAAUCUACCGACAUUUAUCCAGGGUGGGGUACAGGGAGAAAGGGGGUUACAGUAGGGUAAGGGGGGGGUGAUAGUGUUUACCACAGGUACGAAGUAGCCACUUUAACAUUGAGACCUCUGCCUCAUUGAAUUCAGGUUUUUUAAGUACUUGAAACUCCUCAGAUUCUCCUUAUUUUACAGUUAUUUUUAAAUUUAUGAAGUAGAAGGCAUUGUUUUGUAUACUGUUUUGUCUCUUACCCUCUUGAACUUGGAUUAAAGGCGAAGUUCUGCAGACGGAAGUGUCCACAGUAGUUUCUCAGAUUCAGUGCACACAUUCGGGGAAGAGACUCCUGCAUGAAAUACCAGCAGCAUUUAUACGAGUACUUCAUAUGUAUGUUCUGUUAUUUUGUCAACCCUAUCCCCAAGCACCUCUUCUUUCCUUUUAACAUAUGCCUGCGUAGGGAAAAUAACAAAAAUUUGCACUUACGUUACACUCCUGAAAUGCUGGGAGUAACCUGUGUGUUUCAAACCCAUUUCCGUUCUUUUCAGUCCAUUGCUUAAGUGACAAGUUCAGGUGCGUGUGGCACAUGUGUACGAAGGAGGAAGAGAAUUACCUGUCUUUCGGUGGCGUCCCAGAGUCAUUAAUGUGUAAGAAA